AGACACUUCGAUAUAAGGAAAAAUGUCCAACCGUGGUGGCGACAAGAGGCACUUGGUGCCGCUGCAAGAAUUUCUCAAGUUUGUCUGUGAGGCGAGAGGAGCGAGGACAGCACGGUUUCCGAAAAGGAUUAAUGGAACAUCGAUACUCCAGGGACAAACUCGGAACACUGAAGUCAAACGAGAGUCGUCAUCAUCGUCGGAUAACGCAGUUGAACCCGCGAGGAGCGCCAGUCACGAUAACUCACUCACGGUGUCUCAAGACGUGAAGGUAACGACCACAAACACCGUAGCGCAUCGAAAGCGACAGCAUUCGCCUGAAAGCACCGCCGAAGCGUUGGCAAACACUCCAAGUGCCCCAGUGGAAUGCGAAGUUAUCGAAAAAACUCCAGGCAAAGGGUGCUUUAUCUCCAAAUACGUCGACUUUCCUCUAAGCGAUCUUGGUCUGGAACUUCUCUUUGACCUAUCGCGUCAAAGACUUACAUCAGAAGUGGCCACGAAACUUCAAGGGACGCACUGCUGCCACCUGCUUCUCGGCACAUCGAUGAUCGUCACCGGCAAUAUCGUUGAUGUAAGCAUCAAAGAAGAAACGGUGAUGGUUUCUCCUGAUCGCGGGCUGCGUGUGGGCAUCGAAUGGGUUUCUCUCAAGCGUGUCUUUCAGGUUCCAGAGAACUUUGAAGUGGUGAAGGAGGAGGCAGCGCAAAGGAUUGAGCGAAUUAUGGAAGCCGCGCGCAGAGGUGAGAAAACUCCGAAAACUUCACCCAUCAAAUUGGUUAAAAAGCCAACCGCAGCUCCUUUUCCAGCUUCACCAGAGAAACCUAAAGAGUAG